AAGCGGAGUCACACUCUUCCAAGUGAGCAAAUGGAGACCUUGACCCACUUUGGCAUUGCCUUCUUCUCUCCAAGACUCUCCGCCCCUAGAAAACCCCAACGCCUCAAGCCCACUCUCUUCUCCGCCAGCAAAUGGGCCGACCGUCUCCUCUCCGACUUCCAAUUCCUCGGCGACUCCUCCUCCUCCGACCACCACCACUCCUCCACCGCCACUCUCGCUCCUCCUCCUCCGCUCGCUCCUCCUCCCCCGGAGCGCUACGUCUCCGUCCCCCUCGACUUCUACCAGCUCCUCGGCACCCAGUCCCAUUUCCUCGCCGACGGCAUUCGCAGAGCCUACGAGGCUAGGGCUUCCAAGCGGCCUCAGUACGGCUUCUCCCAAGACGCUCUUGUCAGCCGGAGACAGAUUCUCCAGGCCGCCUGCGAAACCCUAGCCGAUCCUUCCUCCAGACGAGAGUACAAUCGCUCCCUCGCUGAUGACGAAGACGGAACUAUUCUCACCGACGUUCCCUGGGAUAAGGUACCUGGAGCGCUGUGUGUGCUGCAAGAAGCUGGAAAGACGGAGCUGGUGCUUCGGAUUGGGGAGAGCUUGCUGCGAGAGAGGCUGCCGAAAUCGUUCAAGCAGGAUGUGGUUUUGGUGAUGGCUCUUGCUUAUGUUGACAUGUCGAGGGACGCAAUGGCAUUGUCCCCGCCGGAUUUUAUUCAGGGAUGUGAGGUGCUCGAGAGGGCUUUGAAGCUCUUGCAGGAGGAAGGUGCAAGUAGCCUUGCACCUGAUCUUCAAGCACAAAUUGACGAGACGCUAGAAGAGAUCACCCCACGUUGCAUUUUGGAGCUACUAGGUUUGCCACUUGACGAAGAGUACCAAUCAAAGAGGGAAGAGGGCCUGCGUGGUGUCCGCAACAUAUUGUGGUCUGUUGGAGGAGGCGGAGCAGUUGCCCUUGCCGGGGGAUUCACGCGUGACAGUUUCCUGAACGAGGUCUUCUUACGUAUGACUGCUGCUGAGCAGGUGGAGUUAUACGUAUCAACACCAAAAAACAUCCCGGCCGAGAGUUAUGAAGUUUAUGGAGUGGCGCUUGCACUUGUUGCUCAAGCCUUUGUUGGUAAAAAACCUAAUCACAUUCAGGAUGCUGAUAACCUGUUCUGGGAACUUCAGCAGAAUAAGGUAUCAGCUAUAGGCCACUCUGUUAAUACCUAUAUAACCAUUGAAAAUAGUGAGAUAGACUUUGCUUUGGAGAGGGGACUCUGUUCACUUCUUCUUGGGGAUCUUGAUGAGUGUCGCUCAUGGUUGGGCCUAGACAGUGAUGACUCACCAUAUAGAAAUCCAUCUGUAGUCGAUUUUGUGUUGGAGAACGCUAAGGAUGACGAUGACAAUGAUCUUCCCGGACUUUGCAAGCUAUUGGAGACAUGGUUAAUGGAGGUGGUAUUCCCCAGAUUUAAAGACACCAAAGAUAUUGAGUUCAGCCUUGGUGAUUAUUAUGAUGAUCCUACAGUCUUGAGAUACUUAGAAAGGCUGGACGGAACUAAUGGCUCCCCCUUAGCUGCAGCAGCAGCGAUAGUAAGGAUUGGUGCUGAAGCUACUGCAGUUCUUGAUAGUGUCAAGACCAGUGCAAUUCAGGCCCUGCGGAAGGUGUUUCCUCUGGGUCAAAGAUAUAAGAAUAUGACACCUCAAGAAGAUCAUGAGAUGAAUUAUUCUCUUCUUCCUGAAGACAGUGGAGACCCUGUGGAAGAAUCCUAUGAAGAUGAUUCUAUCCGUGUCGCUGAGGUUUCCGGAAGAGAUGGUUCUGUUGAUACACUUAAAGAAGAAUCAAUUACUGAGCAAAUCAAAGAUGCAAGUCUGAAGAUUAUGUGUGCUGGUGUGGUAAUUGGACUGAUGACUUUUGCUGGAUUGAAGUAUUUACCUGGCAGGAGUAGCUCUUCCAGUAUACGCAAAGAACUUGCUUCAGUGACUACAUCUGAGGUCACAAGUUCAGAUGUUAAGUCUGCAGUGGAAUUACCCAAAAUGGACGCACAAAUUGCUGAAGGUCUAGUUCGGAAAUGGCAGAACAUAAAAUCUCAGGCUUUUGGACCUGGGCAUUCCGUGGAUAAAUUGUCAGAGGUCUUGGAUGGUGAGAUGUUGAAGAUCUGGACAGAUCGUGCAAAUGAAAUUGCACAGCUUAAUUGGUCCUAUGAUUACACCCUUUUGAACUUGAGUAUUGACAGUGUGACAGUGUCGCUAGAUGGGCAGCGUGCUGUGGUGGAAGCAACUCUUGAAGAACUAGCCCAAUUAACUGAUGUGCUCCAUCCAGAGCAUGAUGCCUCGAAUAGCAGAACAUACACUACAAGAUAUGAGAUGUCUUGUUCAAGCUCAGGAUGGAAAAUCACUGAAGGAGCUGUCCUCCAAUCAUGAACAAUGAUGUAAGAUUUAAUAAUGCUUUAAUGUAAAUGGUCUCCUCUUGUCUUUGAACAUGUUUAUAUAUAUAUAUAAGGUGUAAUUUGUCAAAACUUUGAGAUGUUAUCAUUAGCAUGAAUAUAUAUAAAUAAAUAAGGUGUAAUAAAUAAAUAUAUAUAUAUCUAAUUAUAUAUUC